GCGAAACCUCCGCGAAAGACCCGCCCAACUUCUUUCAGCAUUGGCUGUCAUUCAACAAUUUUAGGCGUAUCCCUUCUUUGCGAUUGGUUCCGAGCCACAUCAGUCACCGGCUCACGGCUCCCCCCUCCCCUAACCCAGCGCGAGAAACAAGGUUAAAAUGACUGGGAAAAGUUCUUUAAUAAUUUCUCAUCCAGAGCUUAGGAGCGCCGCUGUGUCACCGCGAGACAUCCGCUGACAGCCCUCCCCUCGGCCGCGGACAGGACGCGACGCCCAAAUGCCAUAAUUUCCCAGAGGAUGAAGUACAGCCUGGCUUCGUGAGGAUUGUGGAGUUCUUGGCUACACUUGGCGUUUAUUAUCUGUACGCCGCAAAGUGCUUAGCGUCGGUGCCAGGUGUCUCUCGCCGGGCUGGGGAGAGCGCUGGCCCUGCCUUCGCCGCGAAAACACUGCGUGUUAAGGAGUACAAGUUACCGACUGGCAGUCCCCCGUUGGAGCAAGAAGAAACCGAGGUGGUGAAUAUUACACAGGCAAAUUUCUCCAUCCGUUCACUAACGCGUGGUCUUAAUUAUAGUUUUUUUUUUGUUGUUGUUAUGCAAAUUCUUAAAUUUUUUCGUCACGAACGGCUGAAAUAAUGAUAAAAAACUAACCAGAUUCACCUGUCUGUUGGCUGGCAGCCGACCAGACGUCACGUCGGUUUAGGUUCAACAGCAUGCCUACUUGUUACGGUGAGCAUGGCGCGGUUUGUUUGUCGCUCGUGACAGACUGACUCCAGCUCGCGGUUCGUCACGCUUCGCCUCGGCUGCUCCCACCUUUUAUCGGCGCGCUACACUUUUAUCGUUGCUUUGCAGUUGCAAGAAUCACAUAGGCGCGCGGUAGCCUAACCCCGCGCAGAACAACAUGCAUGACGUGGACGGGGAAUCUGGUGACAGGGUGUUGUGCACUGUGGGAAUAUUUAUUGAAUAUACCAUAGUAGACCAGCAACACAUUUUAGUCCCUCCCGUGCUGCGAUCACAUCUGGGUGCCUGAUUUUGGCUACAUUGUAUCGCUGAUUUUAAGCAGCGCUGAAUCUGCAACCAAAGACGUUUUGAAACUGGAUGCAUUUUCCAUGCGUUGCCAUGUAUGAAUAAAUAAAGGGAUACUUUUAAAAAGUGUUACAGUUCAAGGAAUGGCAUGCGUAAUGAGCAUAGAGAUUACUUCAUCUUCGAGUCUACACUGCACCGCGGCUCUUAUGUUUAGUGUGAUUGUGUACUAGGAGGGGGGGGGCAAACACGUCCGGGAAACAACAUAAAUUUCAUUUCUGAUAAGACUUUCGGAAAAGCAUUCGCGGUGAAGCCAGCAUGUCUAAAACGCUGAAAAAGAAGAAACAUUGGUCCAGCAAAGUGCAAGAGUGUGCCCUAUCCUGGGGGAACGCCGGGGAGUUCAGCUCGGCUGUGGAAAUUCGCGGGGGAGCCGACCUCGGAGAGUUUCCCCACCUGGGCCAGGUGAUGUCGGAGGUGUUGGUGUGUCACAUCGGCAGGCUGCCCAGUCCGGGAGACGUCCUGCUGGAAGUGAACGGCACCCCCGUCAGCGGGCUAACAAACCGCGACACCCUGGCUGUCAUUCGGCACUUUCGGGAACCCAUUCGCCUGAAGACUGUUAAACCUGGCAAAGUGCUCAAUACGGACCUACGCCAUUACCUCAGCCUGCAGUUCCAGAAGGGCUCUCUGGACCAUAAACUCCAGCAGAUCAUCCGCGAUAACCUCUACCUGCGUACCAUACCAUGCACCACGAGACAACCCCGGGAGGGGGAGGUUCCUGGGGUGGACUACAACUUCAUCAGCGUGGCGGACUUUCGCGUCCUGGAGGACAGCGGCCUUCUGCUGGAGAGUGGAACCUAUGACGGUAACUACUACGGAACCCCCAAGCCACCUUCAGAGCCCAGCCCCGUGCAGCCCGACCUUGUGGAUCAGGUUCUGUUUGACGAGGAGUUCGACAAUGAGCUGCAGCGAAAGCGGACCCCGUCCGUCAGCAAGAUGGAGAGGACGGACAGUGCCGCCCCUGAGGAAGAGGAAGAUGAGGAGAGGACCCCUCCUAUCAAUGGGCUGACAGAGCACCAGGAUGGAGGCUCAGAGUGGAGGAAGAGCGUCCCCAGCUACACCCAGUCCAACAACACCAUGGACUUCCGUACAUGGGGCUCUCUGCCCAGGGACGAGAGCCAGGAGCCGCUUCCCAAGAACUGGGAGAUGGCCUACACAGAAACCGGCAUGGUCUACUUCAUCGAUCACAACACCAAGACCACCACCUGGCUGGACCCCCGACUUGCUAAGAAGGCCAAGCCCCCAGAGAAGUGUGAGGAUGGAGAGCUGCCUUAUGGCUGGGAGAAGAUCGAGGACCCCCAGUACGGAACCUAUUAUGUGGAGUGAGCGGCAGCCAUGUUGAUCUUUGCUGGCCUUCACGGGCGUCCUUCUCCCCCAGGCGACGUGAUUGCGGACAUUAAUGGGACGUGCGUCCUGGGUAAGACCCACGCAGAGGUGGUGCAGAUGUUCCAGUCCGUCCCGGUGAACCAGUAUGUGGACAUGGUUCUGUGCCGGGGAUACCCGCUGCCCGAGGACACCAACGGCAGCGAGGAGGCUGGGAGUGAGGUGGCGGGCAUGUCCCACGAGAAUGGCUCCCCGGACGUGCCCUACGUGACGACGGGCCCGGGGGGCCAGGGGGGGGGUGGCCGGCAGCCAGAGGUGACCGACCCGACUCUGCUGCAACCCGAGCUGGUGAGCGUGCCCCUGGUGAAGGGCCCUGGCGGAUUCGGCUUCGCCAUCGCCGACUGCCCCCUGGGUCAGAAGGUAAAGAUGAUCCUGGAUGCGCAGUGGUGCCGCGGCCUGCUGAAGGGCGACGUCAUCAAGGAGAUCAACCGGCAGAACGUGCAGACGCUGAGCCACGCCCAGGUGGUGGACAUCCUGAAGGACCUGCCGGUGGGCAGCGAGGUCAACGUGCUGGUGCUGCGAGGAGGUCAAACGUCUCCUGUGAAGUCUCUCAAACCUGGGACUGUCCCCGCUGCACCGAAAACAGAUGUGACCACCAGCACAGAGACACUAGCACCUACAGACGCCACCCCCCAACCCCUGCCCUUCCCCCCUAACAUCCUGCGCUCCAACUCGCCCAAGCUGGACCCCUCUGAGGUCUACCUGAAGUCCAAGGCCAUACUGGAGAGCAAACCUCCCAACACUAGGGACCUGGACGUUUUCAUCAAGAGGAACCAAGAAUCGGGCUUCGGGUUUCGAGUUCUGGGUGGGGAAGGUCCUGAUCAACCUGUGUACAUCGGUGCCAUCGUGCCCCUGGGCGCUGCGGAGAAGGACGGCCGCCUGAGGGCGGGCGACGAGCUCCUGUGCAUUGAUGGUGUGCCAGUGAAGGGCAAGUCCCACAAGCAGGUGCUGGAGCUUAUGACCAACGCCGCACGCAACGGACAAGUCAUGUUGACCGUCCGCCGAAAGGUGGUCUAUACAGACGGCCCAGGAGGGAAGGAGGGCAGUAGCCAGCAGCCGAUCCCCACGCUGGUGGAGGGGUCUCCCAAGCUGGCCCGCGUCGACAUUCCCAGCCCCGGGUCCCAUGAGUCCUACGACAUCACGCUGCAGCGGAAGGACAACGAAGGCUUCGGCUUUGUCAUCCUUACCUCGAAGAACAAGCCACCACCAGGAGUGAUACCUCACAAGAUCGGCCGAAUCAUCCAGGGGAGCCCCACCGACCGCUGCGGCCAGCUUAAGGUGGGCGACCGGAUCUCUGCGGUCAACGGUCAGUCCAUCGUGGAGCUGGCACAUAACGACAUCGUGCAGCUCAUCAAGGAUGCUGGCAAUACCGUCACACUCACUGUGGUGCCAGAAGAUGAACACAGUGGACCCCCUUCGGGAACCAGCUCAGCCAAGCAGAGCCCAGCGCUGCAGCAUCGAGCCACAGGACAGCAGACCACCGGUCAGGACGACAGGUUUGGCAUGGACACCGAGGAGAAAAGGGAUGGAGCUGCCCGCGCGGAGUACAAGACGCUCCCUCUCAGCGAGCAGGGCACCACGACCACCGCAGGCCUCAAGCAGGGCUGCUGUCAGGUAGAGCUGGAGAGGGGAAUGCGCGGGUUUGGCUUCAGUCUGCGCGGAGGGAAGGAGUACAACAUGGGCCUGUUCAUCCUACGGCUGGCGGAGGACGGCCCGGCGCUGAAGGACGGCAGGAUUCAUGUGGGGGACCAGAUAGUGGAGAUCAAUGGGGAGCCUACACAGGGCAUCACCCACACGCGGGCCAUCGAACUCAUCCAGGCCGGGGGGAACAAAGUACAGCUGCUCCUGAGACCCGGCCUGGGCCUCAUUCCAGACCACAGUACAAGGGAUAAAAUGAAUGUUGCAUCCAGCGGCUUUCUGAGGAGAUCAGCCUCAGAUGAACUACCAUCUUCCACUUUCCCAUUCUCAAACUCCUUCUCCACUACUGAAGGCUCUUUCAGUGUCCCCAUGUCCAUCACAUCCAGAGAAGGGGAGACCCCCGGAUUGGACACUGCCGCCUCCCGUUCUGGGGUCCCCGAAUCGCGAUCCAGCUGGGCUCUCGGCCUUGACAACAGCAGACCCAUCACUGACUCUUUCCGAGAUCAGUCUGGCACGGCACAAGGACAGCAGCCCCAGAAGACCAAGCCAACCACCAGUCUGGAGAUCCAAGAGCUAAAAUCCUUCCACAGGAAGAUGGAUUCCAACGGCUCCUCAAAAGACAGACCCGCGAAGAAAAGUGAUGGAGUGCAGCCGGAACGAACCCAUAGCACACGGAAAACUGAGAGAACCCCAUCUGCCCUCAAUGAAAGCAAGGUCAGUCCCUCCGUGUCCCUCAGCCGAAGGGACACUGAGCCCAACCUGGAAGGAAAGUCACGUACCCAGAGAGAGCCCCGCCCCCCCAGCCCUAAGAAAUUGGCUAGGAAGGAGCAAGAGGGUGUUGCCAAGCAACCCUCAAAAACCCAUGAUGAGCAGCCGAGGAGGGCAGGGGGGCAACAGCCCAGUAAUGCUGUCGGGGAGAGCAGAGAGAAGAAAGUCAAGGAGGACGAGCCUAAACGCAGGCAGGAGAGGGAUUCAAACUGGGGGGAAGGGGCCGGACCCACAGGCGAGCCACGCAGAAAGGAAAAAGAGGUAGAGCAAAGAGAAAAGGCAGGGGCGGAAGAAGAGAGCACACUGAGUCGUAGGGGGCACAGGGAGAAGGACAGAGAGAGAGACGGGGAUCGAGAGGGCAGGGAGGCCAGGAGGAAGGGGCCAGUGGAGCAGAAGGAAUCCACCAUUCAGGCACUGGACCCUCAAUACAAUGAAUCUGCCGGUGGUAAGAAAGGAUCCAUUACCCCUGGCCCAUGGAAAGUACCCAGCUCGGGAAAGACUCCAUCCCACUCUGAAAUGUGAUCGGCUGCAUGGCAUUAUGGGAUAUGUGUUCACUGCAACACACAGCUGGAGGGAAAGAUGAAGCAUGUGGCAUGAUGUAACCCC